AGGCAGUAGGAAGAGUGGGAGGAUGGCAGCAGAGCCACCUGGCUACAAGGUGGGAUGAGGAGCUGGGAGCACUGAAAAAUCCUUGUUUUGACAUGGACAGUGCUGGGAAGACUUCUGGGAUGGUUCAGUUUUGCAUCUUGGCUCCUCUGGUCCUGUGGCAUCCCUGGCAUGGCUGCACACCAUGCCAGUGCAUGUGGCUGUAAGGUCCUGGAUCCUGGUGAUCACUUCGGUGAUUUCCACAACUUUCCUGCACCUCAGUUCAGUGUUACCAGCCCAAUGCCAGCUUGCUCACCUUAGUGUUCUCUAAAUUUGGGAUGUUGUUUUUUUAAGCUGGGAAUUUAGGAUGUUACCUGCAUUCUGUACCUGUGGGCUGCUUCUCAACAUUGCUCUCUUUCCUUUGUUUCUCCUUCUCAGUGUUUAACAGCUUGCCUUUUCAAAACUUCCAUGGUGCUGGACUGAUUUUUGGUUUGUCAUCUUGGGGUCCGCUCAGUGAAGCUCUCAGCCACCAAAGGUCAGGCACGCCACAGAAAUGCCUAUUAAUAGGUCUCAGGUGCUGGUUGUGUCUAAACCGGCAUUUCUUGGAAAGAGAAAGAUUUCUUGGAGACCGGUGGCUCUCUGAACUACUGUAAAGGCGCAGUGCCAGGCUGCCAUCCAUAGGGUGUCCCUAUGCAACCACACCUCCUGCAAAUGGGGCCACGGGGUGCAGGGGGACAGUUUAGGGAAGAAGAUAGCUGCUUGGCCGCUGCUGCGUGCAGAACGACGGCGCACUCGCUGUUGACACGCUGCGCGCUCCGCCGGUGCCCUGGCACUCGUCUCCUGCAGCCGGUGCCGCCGGCUCCCUGGGGAGCUGGGCAGUGCCAGCAUCUUUGUAGGCUCUCCCCUUCCAAGGGGUGUCCGGGGGCCUUUAUUCCGGCAAACACAGAUGUUUAAAAUAGGAUUUCAGCCGGCCUAAGUGACGCCGGCUCUAUGUAUAGUCCGCGCCUGGAGCCGUGCAAGUGAAGACUAUCUCGGAAAAUCCGUAGGACCUGGGCCCGUCCCGGGAUGUGCAGGGCCAGCUCCCCCGCGGUGGCCGGACCGGCUGCCCUGUGCCGCGGGGGCUGCGGGGGGAGCCGAGCCCGGCCCGACCCCUCCGCCCCCCGGCGGCGAUGCCCGCCCGGGCCGGGAGCCGGCGCGCCUGGCGGAGGAGGGGACGAGAGAGGAGGGGAGGGCAAGGAGGGGAGGGAGGGCAGGGCGUGGGCGGCCGCUGUCCCCCCGUCCCCGCCGGCACGUGCCUGCCCGCCCCCGCGGGCCACUGCCGCGCCCCGACGGCCCCGGCAUGGACGCGCCCGGCCAGCGGCCCGCCGGCCCCCGAGCCGGCCCGGAGGGCGCGGAUGCGGAGCGGGACCCGAGCACAAACCCGAGCCCGAACCCCGGCCCGGAGGCGCCCAUCGAGGAGGAGAGGGAGGCGGCGUACGUGGAGAUCCGCGGCUCGCCGCAGGGGCCGGAGGAGAGCCGCCAGAAGCCCGAGCUGGCCCCGGCCGGCGGCGCGGAGGGAGCGUCCGGUCCCGCACCGGACAGCGGAGCCUGUGGGACCGGGGAUGGCGACUCGGCGAACGGUGGACCCCCGGGAGAAAAAGCGGAGCCAGCAUCCUUGGACCACGGGCGGGAUCGCCCUCCUUCCCCGGCGGCGGCGGAAUGCGGCGCUGACACCGGCCCCGGCUCCGUGGGAGCGGCGCGGAGCGGCGGGACGCCGGAGGCGGGGGGCUGCCCGGAGUCCUCCUCCUCCUCCUGCCCUUCGCCCGUGAUCAAGGCGGACGACUUUCCCGCAAUGGGCGACCCGGUGUCGACGGAGGGCAAAACCUCCUCGUCGUCCUUCGGCUACGAGAGCGAAGUGGAGGAUGAGGUCGCGGGGCGCAAGGCGACUCCCCCCGGCGCCCCCCCGGGCACCCCUCCCGGCGGCGGCCGCGACGAGGCGCACUAUAUCAGCACGCAGGAGAUCCAGCUCAGCGAGGUGGACCACGACAUGGACUUCGACGCGGGGCUGGCCGCCCGCUGGGACUUCGAGGAUAACAACGUGAUCUACUCCUUCGUUGACUACGCCUCCUUCGGGAGCGACGAGACCCCGGGAGACACGCUGACGGAGGAGGAGGAGAAUAGCUGCUACCUUAGCACGACCACCAGCGACCCCAACAACCAGACGGACAGCAUCGACAACACCAGCAGCACCGAGAUCGUCAGCCUUACCUCCGAACACGACACCCCCGGCGGGGACAAGCGCGCCAGCUCGGGGGAAAGCCGGUCCAAGCAGCCCGGCCGCCCCGGCGGGAGCCCGGGCGCCCAGCUUCUCCUAUCAAUCAAAGCCGCUUCCCGGGCUAUAAAUGAGUCUAGCAACGUGCACGGAAAGCAAAACACUGUUUACGCUGCCAAGCAUGAAGGCGACAUGAGUCUCCGUGUCGCCGCGGCUCCCGACCGCAGUGCGAGUUUAAAACAGGAUGCGGUCCGCGACCACGCGAAAAAGUUCAUCGCGGUGCCGGCGCGGCUGCAGACGCGGUGCGGGGCCGCCAGGGCAGGGGAGCACUCGAGCGGCGCCUCCAGCGCCGUCAGCGAGCUGGACGAUGCCGACAAAGAGGUGCGAAACCUUACGGCCAGGGCUUUCCGCAGCCUGGCGUACCCCUAUUUCGACACCCUGCGCCCCGGCUCCCGCGCCUCCUCCGCCUCCCUGUCCGACAAUGCCCUGGGCAUCAACCGCUGGUCCACCUACCUGGACCUCAAGUGCGGCAGCCUGGGGCCGAGAGCCGAGCCCAGCCUGCUGCACUCCGGCCGCUCGCAGACCAAAGCCCUCGAGUUCGUGGUCAGCAAGCUCGACGGGGAGAUCGCCCACGUGGAAACGCCGCGGCGGCUGCGGGCGGGCUCCCGGGUGGUGACCCUGCUGGACCUCGGCGAUGCCGCCGAGGCCGGGGAGCCGCCGGCGGCGGAGGGCGGCGGGAAGGGGUCCAGCAAGAAGUCCAGGUUCGCCUCCAGCCUCCUCAAAAACGUCAUCUCCAAGAAGAUGCAGUUGGAGCACGAGUUCAAGAUGGAGCGGGGCGAGAUCACCGACACCUCCUACACCGGGCCGGGCGCGGGCCGGGAGCCUGAACCCACCGGCGGCAGCGCCGGCCGGGAGCGGCAUCGGGAGGCUGGCGUGCAGCGGCAGAACUCCCGGCACUCGGAGGGCGGCUCGGACUGCACCGCGGCGCCGGCGGAGGAUGCGGGCGAGGGCGGCGGGGGCCGCUCCCCGGCCUCCAAGGCGUCGACGCCCCGCGAGGGGAACCGCAGCCUGGACCGGGCGGUGUCGGAGGAGCUGUGCGAAGUGAAGCGCAGCGCCUCGGAGGCCAUCAAGGCCACCUUCCUCCGCAGCCAGAACAGCGCCUUCAGGUCCUGGAAGGAGCGGGAGGCGGAAAAGAAGGAGGAGAGGGCGCCCGUCGGUAAGCUGAAACUUUCUCCCAAGAACGACUGGCGAGCCGACCUGGGCGAGAUCUCUGCCGGCAAGUCUACCAAGAUGUCCCGCCUGUUCGUCCCCGCCAUUCAGCACACCCCUCGGGAGAAGGAUCCCGGCAAAAGGGCGACCAAGUGCUCCGCCGCGGCCGCCGCCGUGUCCUCGGCCGCCGCCGCCUCCUCGCCCCCCGCCGCCAAGCCCAAAGCCCCCGAGAUCAAGAUCAGCCUGGGCAGCCUGCAGCAGCCCCGGGACGCCGCUUUCAGCAUCGCCCAGCUGCUGACGCCGCAGAUCGCAGGCCGACCGCCGGAGGAGGGCAGGGGGCAGCCGCUCAAGCCUCUCAAGGCCGGCGACGGCCCCGACAAAGUGCCACAGUUCCUGGUGCGCGACGUGAGGGACAGCAAGUACAGAGCCCAGGGAAUCCUCCACCAGGUGCGGGACGUGCGGAAGCUCAUCAAAAGCUCCUACAGCGCUGACUCGGGAGAUAACAGCAGCGACAAGGGCAGCGGCGCCUCCGAGCAAGGCGGCCCGGAGCAGAAGCCCCGGCAGCAGCUGGUCAUCGCCGGUGUCCCCCGGUCGCUCUCCCCCGUGGUCAUCACCUGCCAGGCGGUCGGUCACACCGGCACCAAGCCCACCGAGGCGGGGGCCAAGGCGGCGGGCAGGGCGCCCGCCUGCCCCCCGGAGGGCACGGUGCUGGUGCACCGCACCUCGGGCAGGCUGCCAGUAGCCACCAUCGCCCCCAACAAGAGCGAUGCUCGCCAGCCGGCUGUGCUCAAGAUCGUUUCCAAAUCCUCCGCGCCCUGGCGGCACCAGCCGCCGCCGCCGCCGCCCCCCGAGAGGGGCCGGGGACCGGAGGAGGACCCGAGGGAGGAGAGCAAGGCAGCGCCGGUGCAGAACGCGCUGGAGAAGCUGACGGCGGCGGUGCGGAGCAUGGAGGAGCUCUACAGCUUCAACAAGCGCGAGUGGAAGCGCAAGAGCGACCCUCUGCCCAUCACCGACAGCCACGUCCUCUCCCUUAUCGCCAGCCAGGAGCGGGGCGCCGGCUCCCGACCCGCCGCCGCCGCCGCUGCCGCUCCGCCCCCGCCGCCGGACAAGGCGGAGGAGCCGUCGGGCAAGGGCCCGAGCAGCGAGCGGCUGCCCCGCCGCCCCUCCAACAGCGCCGCCGACAAGGUCUCGGCCAAGGCGGCCGCCUUCGAGAGCCUGGCCCGGCAGCGGCAGCGCGGCCCGCCGCCGCCCCGCGCCGCGCCCCGCCGCCCCGAGGGUCCGCCCGCCGCCCUGUACCGCCCGCCGCUGCCCUUCGCCGCCCUGCCCGGCGCCGCGCCGCCGCCGCUGCUCUGCUUCUCGCCCUCCGUGCCCGCCGCGGCCACAGCGACCGAGCCCUUCCCGCAGACGCAGCGCAAGGUGCUGCUGGACGUGAGCACCGGGCAGUACUACCUGGUGGACACGCCUGUGCAGCAGCCCCUCAAGCGGCGCCUCUUCGACCCCGAGACCGGGCAGUACGUGGAGGUGCCGGUGCCCCAGCAGCCGGCCGUGGCUCCCGUCCCGCUGCCUCUCUCGCCCCUUGCUCUCAACGCCGGUGCCUAUGGCACCACGUACAUGCUCUACCCCGGGCUCCUGCCCGCCGCCACCGUGCUGCCCGCCGGCGCCCUGCAGCGCCCGCUGUCCCACUCGGGCAGCGACGGCAGCGCCCCGGCAGAGCCGGGCAGCCCCGCCGCGCCAGAGGCAGCUUUUGCCGAGAGCCCCUACUACGUGGCUACCAGCAAGGGCCCGCCGCCGCCGCGGCACGGGGCAGCCGAGGCCAAGCCGGUCAUCAGCAUCACGGCGCCGGCCACCGGCCCGCGGAUCGUCGCGCCGCCCUCCUUCGACGGCACCACCAUGCGCUUCGUGGUGGAGCACCGGUGAAGAGCGCGGGGAUAAGGAAGAAGAAUUGUGCUUCUUUAAUUUGAAAUACACUUGGUAACUCUUCAACAUUAAUCCUAAAAACUGCUUCUACAGUUUUCUCAAUUUUUUUGCUUCAUCAUACAAAACAAGCAUGUAAGUUUCUUGUUUUCUCCUAAAUGCCCCCCUGUUUUGGAGUAUGCCUACAUUUAAUUAUGUGAGCAGCACUAAAUUACUGCAUUAUUCUGUGCAAAGUUCUUUUUGUACUGAAGCCGAUCUGCAGGCUUUAGGCAUUGCCUCUGUGCUGGUAGCUAAUGGUAGUGAUGCCACUACAGCUGUUUGUAAAAUGCAGGGUGUAAAUGCAGCAGUGUUUCAGUGUGGAUCACCACACAGCUUCAUUCAGGUCCCUGGAAUGUGUUGUGAUGAUCCAGUGCAGCCCUGCAGCUCUUCAAAAAUGAAAUUAAGCCCUCAGUUCUCUCCUAUUGCAGUAAAUGAGGGUCUUCCAUACAGGUUUUAGUCACAAUUUGCAAUCAGAUGGGUUUUUGUACUCUCUGCUUCUCACUUGGAAUUGCAAAGGAAGAGAGCUGUAGUGUUAAAUUUAUCCUUAGUGUUUAUUUUUGCUAUGGUUCAAAACAAACUGUGUAAGUGUCAGAAAACACAUUUGAUUGCUUUCAUUUUUUGUUUGCUCCUCUGUACUGUGUUGAAUAUCACAAGUUGCCUUAAUUAGGACAGAGUUUAAAUACUGGGAAACCAGAAAUUGAAUGUAAUAUUUUAAAAUCCUGGUUCUAAAGGUGAGAAAAGCAUUUUUUUUCUUUUAAGACCGCAGUCUGUUCUUCCUUAAAUUGCAACAUUGUUGAAAACAUAAUCCUAGUCACUGCCCUGUGAGAUUCAUUUUUAAAUGUUACAGCCUCAAUACUAAGGAGUUGUUUCUUUAGCUGUUUGACAGGUUCAUCUGAGGGCUAAAAUUACAAUUUUCUAAGAAAAUACUUACCUUUUGAACAAAAAAUAUGCAAUACGAUUACUGACAGUGCAGUGAUUUAUAUGUCCAACUCUGCUCAAACUGAUUGUUUUGUUACCAGCAACUAGUUUGUCUCAGCCAAAGAGAAUUGUUAUUAUGACAGUAAAACUGAAGUUCAAUAGUCUGUUCCCUGCCCAAAAUUUUGGUUUUGGGAAGCAAAGAAAUGUGAGACCAAACCUAAAUGAUAUAACAUAAAGCUAUCUUGAGGUAACAGAUUAGAAUUUUGAAGUCUAAAUGCAAACCCCAAAAGUCUUUAUUUAAGCAUUUGCCCACAGGCAGGAUUUUUCUCCACCUGUUCUCAAGGCUUCCUGCAGUUAGGAAAGUUUCCCAUUUUUAAAAUAAGCCCUGGGUUUUCAUUUUCCUGAGUAACUCACGAGGUACAGAAAACUCAGGUAGAACUGUCUUUAAGCAAGUGUGUGAGAUUGUAUCUCAAUGCAAUUUAUUUGUUUACAGGCACAAAUUGUAAUUGCCCUCAGGAUGAAAUGCACUGCAAGUGUGCAGAUAGCGAGUGAUUUCUCAUGUACCUUCUCACUCAUUUUCACCCUUGUGGAAAUCCAGUGACUAUUCCAGCCCUUUCUGAAGAGCUUGGUGUGCCCAGCUAGAGCACAGCUCGUGUGAGGCUCAUCCCUGUGCUCCUCAGCGGUACAGCCUGCAUCACAAGCUCUAACUGCCCCCUGGGAUGGGGCUGACUGCCUCUUAGAGGAGAGGAAUGCUUCUCCACCUUUCUCCUGACUGAUAGGUGUUGUGAUUAGAGCAUCCGUGUUAGACAGAACCGUACUUGGGACUGCAGGACAGUGCAGGUACCAGAGUGGAUGGCUCCCUGUGACAUACACGUUCAGUAUAAUACUAGCAUCCCUGUUCCACAGUGUUCCUGUCCUACCUUUUCCUAUAUCGGUGCUCGGAGCGGAGUUUCCCGUUGCAGUUUACAAGAUAUAGGUUUGCACACACAACCUCAGGUUUACAGUUUCACCCGGUGUACUUGAAAGGAAAAAAAAAAAAAGCAUAGAAAACAACUGCCCAGGAUUUGAACAUGUGUUUGUUGGAGGUAAAUUUUGCAGGGUUUUAUUUUUCACUGCCUGUGGAGAUGAAAGCAAUGAAAUGAGGGAAUACCAACAGCUAUUUAUUUUCUCAGGGGCGUUUACUUCAGUGAAAUGUGUCAAUCCUAAUGUCAAACAGUGUUUACUUGAUUUUGUCUCUUACUAAAAAGACUUCUUGUUUGCAUCAAGGGGUCAGUUUUGCAAGGUGCUUCGCUUCGCUAACCCAGCAAAGCCUUCACAUGCAUCUCCAACUUCAGACACUUAAGCAGACUCCUGGGGACUUCAGUGGAAGGAUUUUUUCCUCCACCCAUCUAUGCAAAGCUUUGCUGAACUCAUCCCAGAGUGCCGAAUGCCUUGCAGACCUGAGCACCAGGUUCUUCUCUUUGCAGAACCCGAUCUCUGGGCUUGAGUCAAGCCGGACCCAGCAGAUAAUGCCACAAAAGGUCACCAGAAAAAAGCUCUGGUAAUAUGGUGCUCCUCCCUGUAUACCCAGCGGUGAAUUUCUCCAGUGCAUGGGGUGAUGUGUAACCACAUAUCUUGGAUUAGAGUCAAACCCUCCAUGUCAGGGCUCACAAGCUGCUAGUAUUAUAUGUUUCACGGUGCAGUCAUAGUAUGUUACAGCUGAAAUUCACCCCAUGUGCAAAGCAGGGCAAAAUCCUGUGCACCACUCAAGUUCCCUCCCGCUCCUGCUCUCAGGCUUUUGAGGGCUGCACCAGCCUACUGUCCAUGCAUUUUAGGUCAGGAUUCAGUUAAAAGUUUGAGGGAGACUGGAGUGAUGCACCAGAAUGUUGUUCUGGUCUUUUGCAACAGGGUUGGUUUCACUCAGUAUCAAAUUCAGCUCUUGGUGAAUCAACUGGUGAAUGAUUUGAAAUGUAUUUAUGGGUUGUGUGGGGUGUUUUCCCCCCUUGUCUGUACUCAGUGCUACCUUGAUUCUUUAGUGUUGAUGGCCAAAGUGUCAUUCCUUAUGCUUAUAUAUUGCCAUUAACUUGUGGCUACCUGAGAACACAUACUUCAAAAAUGCUUGUGCUUUUUUUCACCUAUUUCUUUUUUUUUUUGUAUUUCUUCUUUUUUCCCCCCUCCCCGCCCCUUUAUUUUUCCUCUCAUUUUUAAAGGGGUGGUCAGUUUUCAGUGUAAAGCUAUUUAAAAGUGCAAAUGUGAAGUAAGGAUAAUGAUUGUUAAGAGGAUGUGGGUGGUAUGUCUGAUGAGAGAGGGGUGGGCUGUAAGGCAAGGGGAAAACGCCGUGAACGCAUCGUGUUGAUGACUGUUGCCUGUGGAGGAAGAAUUAAGAAACAGAAGAUGUCUAACUGGAGAGAAAUGGACUCUUUGAGCUGCUCUCAAUGGAGACAACACUGUGGCAAGUGUGUAGCUGAAACCCAGAGUGAUCCCACUGCAGGGUGCCGCGGGCCUGGGAUUGAAGGACGCGGCGUCGCUCUGGGAAUUGCAGUGGGAGCACUUCGGGGCGUCACAGCCACGUGAGAACAGAGCGUCUGGAACUGCCAAGUACCAAAGUUUGUAACUGAAUGAGUUGGCAUUUGUAUUAUGUUGGGGUUUGUUUUUGUUUUUGUUUUUUCUCUUGAAUGUUAUGAUAAAUAAAAUGUAUUUUUCAGUAAAAGACACACUGC